ACCUAUAUGUAAACCCUAAGGACCUAAUCGUGAAUAUGAUAAAAACGAGGACUAAACUGCAAAAUGCACCAAAUGACAAAUUCCACCGCUUAAGCCUCUCUGCCUUCGUUGUUAAGGAAGCAGAGGAGGCAGCUCGUGGGUGAUCAGGGAAAGAAAGAAAGAAAGAAGAAGAAGAAGAAGAAGAAGAAGAAGAGAAAGAAAAUUGGGGCUUUUAGGGUUCUUGCUUUAAUCUUGUCAUUUCGGGUCAAGAUUUGCAAAGGAUAGCGUAUCGCUUGCUUAAAUGUUAAGAAUGGGCUGAGGCAGUGGAAAGUUUAGAAGACGUUGGGCAGAACUUUUGUUAGCAUAUAUGUAGUUGUGUAUAAGCUACCUUGCAUCUAAUGAAAUGUGACUAUAAAUCUAAACCUGUGGAUUUUGUGUAAGUUAAAGGAUCCCUCAUGUAUAGGGUUUUGGAAUGUUAAAUUAAAUUUGUGUAAUGAUAUGAACUUAUGGUAAAUCGAUGAUUGUGGUGACUGCAUGGAUUUCCCCACUUGUGGAUUUAUAUUGUGGUUUUUAUUUUGAUGAGUCGAGUUUAGAUUGUAUGAAUUAUCGAGUGAUGUGUGCUAUGUUUAUGAAUUGUACAGGGUUAUGAAUUGGUAGAUUAUAGAAGUGAAAUUUUUGAUCUGAAUGUUUUCUUAGUGACCUCAAAUGUGUGUUUGGAUCCUGGGUUAGUUGUGACGAAAGAUUUUAAAUAUAAUGGAUAUUUUUAGGGGCGUGACAGAGGUGGUAUCAGAGCAUGAUUUGAGAAUCACUAAGAAUGUUAUGUUUUUUUUUGAGGUUUAUUGACUAUCAUUUAGAGAUUGAUCAAAGAAAAUGUUCUUUUGAUGUUUUAGGAAGCAAGGAUGACGAGAUCAUCUGGUUCUCCUGUUGCAUCUACUACUGAUCAAUUGAGUGGUAUUAUGCGGACUUUGGAGACCAUGGCACAAGUGAUGCAACAACAACAACAACCUGUCCAACAAGGAAGUAAUGAUGGAAUAGAGACAUCAAACCGGACGGGGUUGGGAAUUGGACAGUUUAAGAAGCUUAGUCCUCCCAGUUUCAGUGGUGAGUCUGAUCCAAUGGUGGCGGAACGAUGGAUGAUGCAGAUAGAGAAAAUAUUUGAUGCCCUAAGUUACUCUGAUGAACGAAAGGUUUUUCUUGCCACCUUUAUGCUGGAAGGAGAAGCUGAACACUGGUGGAGAAUGAUUAAGAGGAUGUCUGAAAUCAAACAUGAGCAAAUGACAUGGAAGUUAUUCCAAGAAAAGUUUUACGACAAAUAUUUUCCCGAUUGUAUGAAAGAGCAAAAAGAAUUGGAGUUCUUGAACCUUAUCCAGGGAAGUAUGACGGUUACAAAGUAUGAAUCUAGAUUUACUGAGCUCUCCAGGUUUGCCACACAUAUGACUGAUGAUGAAUCUAGAAAGGCAAGAAGGUUUGAAAGGGGAUUACGGCCAGCAAUAAGAAGCCGAAUGUCAGCUUUAAAAUUACAAACAUAUGCUGAUACGGUAGAAAGAGCUUUGAAAAUUGAAAGAGACAUGGAAGAAAUUCAAGAAAUCAUUGGCAAGAGCCAAAGGGACAAAUUUACUAGCAAAAGCAGGAGAGAAAAUAAAUAUGAAGAUAGUAACAAGAGGUUUAAGACAUCUGGAUUUGAGAAAAGGAAACCAUGGGGGAGGACUCAGUUAUGUGAAAAAUGUGGAUCAAAUCAUGAAACGAGUCGGUGUUUUCGGGUGACUGGAGCAUGUUUUAGUUGUGGAAAGCUAGGUCAUCAAAUAAAAGAUUGCCCACUGAACAGGAAAAGAGAGCCACUGUCUCCUAGACCCUCAGCCCAUGCUAGAGUGUACGCUAUCACGGAACAAGAUUCUAAAGCUUCUAAAUCUGUGGUGGAAGGAUAGCGUAUCGCUUGCUUAAAUGUUAAGAAUGGGCUGAGGCAGUGGAAAGUUUAGAAGACGUUGGGCAGAACUUUUGUUAGCAUAUAUGUAGUUGUGUAUAAGCUACCUUGCAUCUAAUGAAAUGUGACUAUAAAUCUAAACCUGUGGAUUUUGUGUAAGUUAAAGGAUCCCUCAUGUAUAGGGUUUUGGAAUGUUAAAUUAAAUUUGUGUAAUGAUAUGAACUUAUGGUAAAUCGAUGAUUGUGGUGACUGCAUGGAUUUCCCCACUUGUGGAUUUAUAUUGUGGUUUUUAUUUUGAUGAGUCGAGUUUAGAUUGUAUGAAUUAUCGAGUGAUGUGUGCUAUGUUUAUGAAUUGUACAGGGUUAUGAAUUGGUAGAUUAUAGAAGUGAAAUUUUUGAUCUGAAUGUUUUCUUAGUGACCUCAAAUGUGUGUUUGGAUCCUGGGUUAGU